AUGACAUUGACCUUACCUCAAAUUGCAAACCCUAGUCGCCUUCUACAACAGCUGACUGACAUGGGCUUUAAGAAAGAUGAUGCCCAGCGUGCUCUGAUCAAUAACAAUAUGAACAUUCAAGGUGCUAUAGCUAAUCUAUACAGAAGUUCCGGUGCUAAGAAAGAUGACUUCGAAAUAGCGAGAAUGUCUGGUCUCCUGCCAACAAACGAUGACAUAUCAGAUACUCAGCUUGACAGCAACUCAUUUGUGCCUAAUUUGAAUCACAUGCAAAAUACUCCGUUCAACAAUGCUCAAUCCAAGAUACCAAAUCAGUUCCCAUUCAACAAUGGACCUAGUCUCAACCAGUCUAGUCUCGGUUCCAACAACCCCAGUAUUAAUAGUGCUUUGCAGCAAAUAUUUAUGCAGAAAUACCCAACCCAGCCGCCACCAACGCAGCAGAUGAAUUCCAUGAACCCUGGCCAGGGACCACUGGGACCAGGUCAGCCCCCGGGUGUGCAGUCGAACCCGAACGUCCACCAACAGAUGGCACAACAGCAGAUUCUGAACCAGCUGAGAAUGGCCGGCCAGGCAGGCCUGAUCAGCCCUCAGCUGCUGAACAGACAGCUGCCAACUCAUGUGCUUGUAAUGCUGAAACAGCUGCUGCAGCACCAGCAGAAUCUGCAGCAGCUCAUCCACACCCAGCUGACCUUACAACAGAACAAGCUGAGGAUCAACCCACAUAUGCUACGUCAGCAGCUAGAGGAGAUCAUUAACAAGGUGCAUAUUAUUAAACAGCAGAUCCUCAUGCUAACAAAGAACAUCUCUGCAGCACAGAAGAGCCUACUUGACAAGCCAGAUAGCUGUCCCUACCUGUCCCUCCAGCCAACCUCCCAACCACAGUCCCGCCUUAAUCAGUGGAAGAAACCCACCCCGGACAAGGAAUCUCCAGAUGGCGCUUCAAACAGCAUUAGCAACACCGCAUCCACCGUUACCUCACCCACCAGCCAGCAAGACAACGCUGGCGAUACGUCAGAUUUGAACAAGACUGUAGGCUCUAAACCAAUUCAGCAGGCAAACCCUACUCCAAAUCUCCGCCGUUAUGACGAACUUGGCCUGCCUGCCCUUGGUGGCGAUUCCCCUUGGUCUUCAGGGGGAAAUUUGCAAAACUGGCCCAACUCGACGUCAUCUACAGACAAUGAAUCGUCAGACAAUUCUGAAUCUCUCUUGACCACAGCAGCUUCCACUGUCUCCAGAACCAGCAGCUCUUUUCUGGACCCGAUUCCCACUAUUCACGAAUUUGUGCCAGGCAAACCAUGGCAAGGCAUAUCGGCAAAGAAUGUGGAGGACGACCCGCACAUCAAGCCGGGCAGUUUCUCCAGAUCCCUCAGCGUCAACACGGUCAAAGACGACUAUCUGCUAACACUGACUAAAUCCAGCCCAAACAGUGACAACAACUCUUCCUGGCCGUCAAAGUCCUCUGAUGGCGACCACAAGCCGUGGAGCGCAGGUGGUGACAACAGUCUCACCCCCACCAGCUUCUCCUCUGAGGUGUGGGGCAUGCAUGGCAAGAAUUCCACCUCCAGACCCCCUCCGGGCCUUCCACAGCAGCAUCUGCAGCAGCAGCAGAAAUGGGCGGGUAUAAACAGGCCGCAUUCAUGGGCAGGCAGUGCAACCAGACAUGACGGUCGAGGCAACUGGGGUGAACCACAAGUUUCAACUGUCCUGUGUCUGCAGAAUAUUUUGCCCUCAACUGAUGGUGCAACCCUGCGUACGCUGUGUAUGCAACAUGGGCCACUGCAGCAUUUCUACCUGAAUCUCUCGCGUGGAGAAGCAAUCGUGAAAUACCGCUCGAUGGAAGAGGCGAGCAAGGCCCAGAAGGCCCUGAACAACUGCCUGCUGGGCAACACCACCAUCCUGGCUAACUUCCUGUCUGACACGGAGGCUCAGCAGUACAUAGAGAUGCAGCAGAGUGGCCUGUCCGGGGGUCCUGGGGCCUCUCAGUGGUCCCAGGGUGGGGGGCAACAACAUCCCCGCUCAAAUCUGGGCUCCAUUGGUGGCGGGCGUGGGGGAAACAUGGGCAUGGGUGGCUGGGGUGGCUCAAUGAACCCAGCGUUCUCAAUGUCUGGCGGCAGUGGCAUGUGGGGAAACAGCGUUCCUCGCUCCAUGAAUUCUGGCGGUGGUUUGUGGGGAGCCAUGGAUGACAAUGGCCCGCACAAUCUGCUUGGCAAUAUGCAAGGGUGAAUGUAAAGGAAUAUGAACAUGUUUUCUUUGAACGAAAUAAUUGCAAAACUAGUAUGAGUGAUUAUUGAACCUAUUUCUGUUUUUGCUAUGUUACGGAUAAUACCUUGGUGAUUAAUGUGUAUAUUUUAAUUAUAAUAUAUGAAUGUGUUGUAAUUGUUUUCCUAUUGCAUAUUAUUGAUCUCUUGUAUGCGGGUUAGUUAUAACUGAAGAUUGUUGUGGGAUCAUAUCUAUUUAAACGUUUGUGUUCUAUUUACGGCUGAUACCAGGCCAUGGCAGAAGGGCACAUGUCAAUAGAUGCAAAUACUUUGGUGUUACUUCAUGGAAGUAGAGAACGCCAGUUUUUAUUUUGAUACUUCAAAGGAAGUAUAAAUGUGUCUUUCAGAUUUUUCCAUUGGUCUUGUCAGAUA